CUUCAUCAUGGAAUAAAAAUACCGACUGCGAUGUUCUCUUAGAACAGAACUGGAGAACAAUUUAUAUAUGUCGAUGGUCGAUAUGAUUUGCCGACCGAGGAACGUCCAGAAAUACAUCUGAGAGCCAGCUGCUUCGCUUCACACAGACAUUUAAUCCUGCAAAAUGGCAGGUGCCAUAGUGCGUUGUUUUCGGAUCCCGAGGAGGCAAUUAGGCCUUCUCGGAUCGUGUUUGAGCAGUCAGCAGCAGAGAACUUUCGCCGAUGCCGCGCCAGAAGGAAAGACGAGAGGAAGUCCCCUGGCCGAUGCGGAUCGCAUCUUCACGAACCUAUACGGCAGACACGACUGGCGGCUGAAGGGUGCCAUAAAUCGCGGCGACUGGUACAAAACCAAGGAAAUCAUAGAAAAAGGAGCAGAUUGGAUCAUCAACGAGAUCAAAACCUCUGGUUUGAGAGGUCGUGGCGGGGCCGGUUUCCCUUCUGGGAUGAAAUGGUCCUUCAUGAAUAAGCCGUCCGACGGUAGGCCGAAAUAUCUGGUCGUCAAUGCCGACGAAGGUGAGCCGGGAACGUGCAAAGAUCGCGAAAUUAUGCGUCACGAUCCGCACAAGCUUGUGGAGGGCUGUUUGAUCGCGGGUCGUGCAAUGGGCGCCUGCGCCGCUUACAUCUACAUCAGAGGCGAGUUUUACAACGAAGCGUCCAACAUGCAGGUCGCAAUUGCGGAGGCUUAUCAGGCCGGUUUGAUCGGUAAGAACGCCUGCAAUUCCGGUUACGAUUUUGAUAUUUUUAUCCAACGAGGAGCAGGCGCGUAUAUUUGCGGCGAGGAGACUGCUCUUAUCGAGUCCAUUGAGGGCAAGCAAGGCAAGCCGAGAUUGAAACCACCGUUCCCGGCUGACAUCGGCUUGUUCGGGUGUCCCACAACCGUUACCAAUGUGGAAACUGUAGCAGUGUCACCUACAAUCUGUCGCCGAGGAGGGACAUGGUUCGCCUCUUUUGGACGUCCACGUAAUCACGGGACUAAGCUCUUCAACAUCUCCGGACAUGUGAACAAUCCGUGCACAGUGGAGGAGGAAAUGUCCAUUCCACUUAAAGAACUGAUCGAAAGGCACGCGGGCGGCGUAAUCGGAGGUUGGGAUAAUUUAUUGGGUGUUAUUCCAGGUGGUUCUUCGACUCCCGUCAUUCCCAAGAGCGUGUGCGACACCGUGCUGAUGGACUUCGACGAUCUUGUCAGGGUGAAGAGCGCGUUCGGCACAGCAGCUCUAAUCGUGAUGAACAAACAGACGGAUAUAAUCAAGGCCAUCACUCGAUUGAUAAGCUUCUACAAGCAUGAGUCCUGCGGUCAGUGCACUCCUUGUCGCGAAGGCAUCAGUUGGAUGUACAAAAUACUAAAGAGAUUUGUCGAGGGUAAUGCCGAAGUACACGAAAUAGACAUGCUGUGGGAGCUUACCAAACAAAUAGAAUUGCAUACAAUCUGCGCUCUGGCGGACGGUGCCGCUUGGCCAGUGCAGGGACUGAUCAGGCACUUCAGACCUGAGAUCGAGGCGCGAUUGAAGGAUCAGAAGCAAGUCGCAGGAGCGUCCACCUGCUGAUAAGAAAGUAGAUAAAAAAAAAAAAAAAAA